AUAUGAUCAUCAUCAUCACCAAUUAAGAUCAUCUGAUCUGAAAUAAAGAAGAUCAUAUCGAUCUGAAUCAAUGGAGGGAAAUCUUCCACCGGGAUUUAGGUUUCACCCCAGUGAUGAAGAGCUCAUAACAUAUUACCUCAGUAACAAAGUUUCCGAUUUUACCUUCACUGCAAAAGCCAUUGUCGAUGUUGAUCUCAACAAGAAUGAGCCUUGGGAUCUUCCAGGCAAAGCUUCAAUGGGUGAAAAACAAUGGUAUUUCUUUAGCUUGAAAGAUCGGAAGUACCCAACCGGGCUGCGGACCAACAGAGCAACAGAAGCAGGCUACUGGAAAACCACUGGCAAAGACAAGGAGAUAUUCUGUGGUACGAGUGGUGUGUUGGUGGGGAUGAAGAAAACCUUAGUCUUCUAUAGAGGGAGGGCUCCCAAGGGAUUAAAGUCCAAUUGGGUUAUGCAUGAAUAUAGACUCGAAAACAAGCAUGGCUUCAAACCCACUAAGGAGGAAUGGGUAGUGUGCAGAGUGUUUGAAAAGAGCUCAAUAGCAAAGAAGCCACAGGCAACUUCAUCUUCCCCACAAUCCCCAGAGUCUCCAUGUGACACCACCACCUUUGCAAGUGAGUUAUUGGAGGACAUUGACCCACCAAAUCAUCUUCCCAACAUUAUUUCUUGGCAGCAAAACAAUAAUUACUUCAACAAUAACAACACCCCCAUCACCACACUCCCAUUGCUCCCUUGGCCUCCAGCCCUUCUAAGCACCACCACCAACCUUUCCUCAGUCAACUCUAUGCUCUUUAGGGCUUUACAACUUAGAGCAGCCAACCAGGCAAGGGACCAACAAGCCAUUGCUACUACUUUUGGAUACUCUCAUACACCACAAGAGAGUGAGAAUCAUCAUCUUCUUGCCCAAUUUGAAAAUGAUUUUAUUAGCAGUACUAACAAUUACGCCGUUACGACGGCUUCUUCCUCUAUGGUUUUGGAUUCUGUCAACCAGCAAGAACCACCACUGGAGCAACCUUAUAGAUUGGACUCCAACAUUUGGUGAAUGGAGAAAAUUAGUAUCAGAACUAACUAUUUGUAUGUAAAGGAAUUGGAACCAACCAAGACCAUGUUAUUAUAUUGUUGGCAUUGCUUAGUUUUACAGUUUCGCUAUAAUAUUCAAGCCAAUAUAUAUUUAGGGCAAUAAUUAAGUGAGAGGAAAAAUAAGUGUAAUAAUAUAUAUGUGUGUGUUACAAUUGUGAUUAUAGGGAUCUGAAAAUCCCUAGUCUUUGUUGUAUAUUUUACUUUCAUUGAGUUUCCAUAUAAUUUGAACUUGAAAACAA